GGAGAAUAUCAGAUACCAGGGGUGGGAUCCCAAACUGGCGAUAUACGUCCAAGGGGUCGUUGAAGACUUCCGCAGUAAACAAUUCUAAAACGACGCUCGUGCCCAUGGCAACAGUUGUCUAGAUAGCCCCCGGUUCUCUAAUACUACUCUUUAUCUGCCAGGGGAAAGCAUUCUCAAUUGUACACAUUCGAUUUAAUGCACUACUAAUCCAAACACACACCAUGGCCGAUGAUGAGGAUAAACCAAAGAAGCACACGCUGGACACCCUGUUCAUGGUGUAUGCCAAUUUCCAGGUUAUACCCACCGACAUCGAGAACGAGGUCUUCGACAGCAUACUCCUCUCGCAACUGGACGCCUGGCUGGAGCAGGCCAAGCUCAUGCCCAAUCCCAUCACUCGAACUCAAACGGGCCUCAUUUACAUGCGAUACAAGAAGUGGCGAUUGGAGUACGAAGACUUUCUGGAGGUUCUGAACAACUUGGCCUCCGAUAACAACCUGCAAAUAGACGACAUGAAGCAAAUAAUGGUCGACGCUGGAGUCCCGAACGGUGCCGAUGUGGUUAUAGUCGUCAAGUAGACUGCAUCAUCACUGCCUUUUAUUUACAUACAUAAAAAAGUCGCACAACAAAUUAUUAAUAGUAACAAUUGCAUAAAGGAGUAAUUUUGAUUAGUUAAAUUGUUCACAAAAAUUAUAGUACAGUAUAAAAGCGUUCAACAAAGAGCCUCUAAACCCAA